UGGACGCCACGUCACUCAAUUUAUGGCAAUUGUAUUUAUCUAAUUUUCUUCCGUUACGAUUACUUUGUGGCAGCGGGGUACUAUAUAUACACACUCGAUCGCAUUAACUAACACUGUCAAUCUCAUCAUUAUCUUCUCCGACAAAACUGAUCUCUCUAAUUUCUUGCGAUUUCUGUGCAACAAUGGCGGAGACCAUCCAUCAAAACGUCAACGUUUCAAACAAAAGGAGGCCGGGUUCCGAGGAAUGGGAGCGCGACGAUAUGAUGAAGGCGAAGAAGGGCGGCAAGCCGGCGGUGCAGAUGUGGGAGGACCCGGCGGCGGCGUUGGCCAGCGCCCGCCACGAGUUCGGCGAGCACGGCGGCGUCAACAUGUCCAUCGAGGCCUCCGCCACCUUCACGGUCAUGGAGCCGGAGUCGCUGCGGCGAAUGUUCUCCGGGGAGCUGGGACCCGAUAACGAUUACUUCAUCUACAGCCGCCACUUCAACCCCACCGUCCUCAACGUCAGCCGCCUCAUGGCCGCCAUGGAAGGCACCGAGGCGGCCUACUGUACCGCCUCCGGCAUGUCGGCGAUCUCGUCGGUCAUGUUCCAGCUCCUCAGCUCCGGCGAUCACGUGGUGGCGGCGCGUACCCUCUACGGCGGCACCCACGCCCUGCUCACCCAUUUCCUCCCCCGCGUCUGCAACAUCACCACCACCUUCGUCGACAUCCGGGACCUCGCCGCCGUGAAAGACGCCAUCGUUGAGGGAAAGACCAAGGUCCUCUACUUCGAAAGCGUCGCCAAUCCAACCCUCACCGUCGCUAACAUCCCGGAGCUCUCCCGGAUAGCCCACGACAAGGGAGCCAUGGUGGUCGUCGACAACACCUUCUCUCCGAUGGUCCUGUCGCCGGCCAAAUUGGGCGCCGACGUCGUGGUUCACAGCGUCUCCAAGUUCAUCAGUGGCGGGGCCGACAUCAUCGCAGGAGCGGUGUGUGGACCAGCAAGCGUUGUGAACGCAAUGAUGGACCUGUGUGAUGGGCCGCUAAUGCUAUUGGGUCCAACGAUGAACGCGAAGGUGGCGUUUGAGCUUUCAGAACGGAUUCCCCAUUUGGGGCUGAGAAUGAAGGAGCACUGCAACCGGGCGAUGCAGUUCGCGACGAGGCUGAAGAAGGUGGGGAUAAGAGUGAUCUACCCGGGGCUGGAAGAGCACCCGGAUCACGCCCUCUUCAAGUCCAUGGCCAACAAGGGCUACGGCUUCGGCGGCCUCAUCGGCGUCGACAUGGAGACGGAGGACCGGGCCAACCGCUUCAUGAACCUGCUGCAAAACCACACACAGUUCGGGUUCAUCGCCGUCAGCUUGGGCUACUACGAGACCCUCAUGUCCUGCUCCGGCAGCAGCACCAGCAGCGAGAUGAACACCGAGGCCAAGGAGCUCGCCGGAAUCUCUCCCGGACUGAUCAGAAUGUCGGUUGGGUAUACCGGGACCUUGGAGCAGAAAUGGGGCCAGCUGGAGAAGGCACUCUCAAGAAUGCAGCAGGAUUCUUCUGCUGGCUUGUUCCAGAAGAGUUGAAUGUUAUUAGUUUCUACCUAUUGCAUGUGUUUCCUUAAUCCUUAAGAACUUUUAUGGUACGUACUGGUUGGUUUGGUUUGAUAUAUGGAUGGUCCAAUGAGGGAGAACGAACAAUUAAAUCAUUAUCAUAUCCCUUUAGGAAUGUGUAUGCAACGCAAGCCAAGUCAAUAAACUCUGCUCUGCUGCUUAGUUUUAA